GCUUUAUUAACUUUAUCAAUACUAUACGGCACAUGUAUACCAAUAUUUGGAUCGGUAUACAAAUACGGUAUAUUUCGGUCACCCGUUCCCGACAAUCAUAUUCAUACAUCACCGGACAAUUGGUAUGACAAUCAACGAGUGGAUCACUUUAAUACUAGCGAUACCCGUACUUACAAACAGCGAUAUUUUAUUAAUGAUAAAUAUUACAAAACGGGUGGACCAGUAUUUCUAUUGGUUGACGGAGAAAGUGAGGCCAGCGAUUAUUUUAUAACAACGGGUGCCGUCUCAGAGUAUGCCAAACAGUUUAACGCAUUGCUAGUAGAUCUGGAGCACCGAUACUAUGGUCAUUCGGUACCGACUGAGGAUCUAUCGGUUGAUAAUUUAAGAUACCUGACCGUCGGACAGGCCCUGAAAGAUACCGAACAGUUUAUCGGCUAUUUGAACAAAAAGCUUGCACUGAAUAACAAUACUAAAUGGAUAGCAUUUGGCGGUUCAUAUCCGGGAAAUUUGGUUGCUUUUCUGCGGGAAAAAUACCCGCACGCAGUGGCCGGUUCGGUGGCCAGUAGUGCACCGGUUGAGGCACGCUAUAAUAAUAGGGAAUAUUUUGGCGCAGUUGGCAGAGCCAUGGGUGCCGAGUGCUCAAAACAAGUCAGAGAAGCUAUCAAUCAAUUGGAGUUACAGAUAAAAACACCGAAAAGUUGGCCGACCAUCGACCGAGAGCUGAAUCUGUGUGGACCGUUCAACGGCACCGAUAGGCAAUCGGUAGGCCAAUUGAUUUGGUCGUUGGCCAUACCGUUUGCAACGGCUGCCCAAUACAAUGGACGCGGAAAUACUAUUGGCGUCGAACAGGUAUGCGCUCUGAUGACCACCGGUCAGGAUGUAUGGACACCAUUGCAACGCUAUGCCAAAGUUAUCGGACAGUUCAACAAAGGCGGUUGCCUUACGUAUGAUUACAAUGAAUUGAUUACGGAAAUCAAAAAGUCGUCAAAGACAGCACCGGGAGUUGUUGUCGGGGCCCGACAAUGGAUUUACCAGACAUGCAGUGAGUUUGCCUACUUUAGGCCCACUGACCAUCCGGACAGUCCGUUCGGACACAGCCUAAACAUUGAUUAUUAUACUACUCAAUGCGUGGAUAUUUUUGGCAAACAGUUUACCCGGGAGUCCAUACAGAAAUCGGUCGACCGGUUUAACGCCAAUUAUGGCGGUUCUAAACCCAACCUCACGAAUGUUGUCUUUCCUAACGGCGCUGUCGAUCCGUGGCAUGAGUUGAGUGUAUUGAAAGAUCUGAACAACAGUUCGCGGGCUAUACUAAUGAAAACUACGGCUCAUGGAGCCGAUAUGGACGGGACUAGAUUUACCGAUCCACGGGAGCUAACCGAUGCCCGACUGGCCAUUGAACAGCAAAUCAAAUUGUUUUUACAAUAA